CGGAAAUCUUCACUUAGGAAGGAGGACACCAUGGACCCCCGAGGACCAGCCCCUCAGCCUUUCCAGCAAUCUGAGAAACCUGGCCGUAUCCGCCGUCGAAAAACGAGGCGGGAGCGGAACAAGGCCCUAGUGGGCAACCAGAGGUCAUUGAUCCGGCAGGAUCCUCCCCUGUCCAGUCGAGAUUUACCUAUGGCCAUCCAGAAUCCUGUGGCCACCACUGCUUCCAAGUUUGUAGUCAUAACCCAAGGCAGGCUGAGCCGAGAGCACCGAGGUCUUUUCAAUCACGAGGUGAAAUCUUUGGAUGUGGCCAGGCUGCUAAACUCUGGUACCCUGGAAUCAGGCAGUCCCCUGCUCCUCACCAGGCCCUCCCCCAGUCCAGGUCCAAACAUCCAAGAAUCCAUCUUGCAAUCAAAAGACAAGGAGACCCAGGUGCCUGGAGAUUUGGGCACAAGCUCACCUAUUUCCCCCAAACUCCCUGACUUGGGGGAACUGCUGAGGGAGCUGCAGUGUCAGCUGAUUCUGCCACAGGCCUUCCCCAAGAGGAACCUGAUGCAGGAGGCUAGGGAUACCAUCGUGGGAGCCUUACAGGCCCGCCAUGGCUGUGUGCCUGACCUUGCCCUGGUGCUUCGAGGCUGCCAGACCCCUCUGCCAGGGACCAAGCCUAGGGAACCUGGAAGAAGAAGGACUACACUUUCCUGGAUCAACAGCCCUGAGCAGGCCCCCAGGGCAGAGAGGCAGAGAAAACACCAGGGCAAAAAGGAGCUCACCUUUGCAAUGUCUCAUGCUCCCAGCUCUCCCACAGCAAACAGGGUGAGCCUGGCGCCACCUACAGGUCCCUGGCCACCCCCCUUGCCCUCGUUGCCAUCACCCCCUGCGGCAACUUGGGGACCCCCAACAGCCUUUGACCUGCUGAAGAGUAUCUGGCUAGUUGCUUCACCACCUCCUCCCCGAUCCUGGGAUAUCGGACCACCUCAGCCCCUACCUCAGCUAUCACCCUUGUUUCCUCAAUCAUCUGCUCUGGACUGGAGCCCCAGCCCCCCUGCCCCACUGCCCAGCCUCUCCUGGGUGGUAUCCCAGAAUAGUCCAGAAGCCUGGUCCUUUCCACCCAUGAGAUUGUACUGA